UCUAGCACUUCCACAUCACAAGUCCGCUUCCACGGUAGAUCUGCAACAAGUACAACAAACAGUGGUAACAGCUGCCGUGCAGUGCUGGAGUCCUGGAUGAUCGCCGUUGAUCCAACGCUGCAGCAGUGUGCCGAACUAACCUCGAAGGGUCGGAUUUCUUCUGCUUCGUAAUAUUAUCGUCAGGGACGAUGGUUAUGUGGUUGACAAUCUACAACUACGAGCAGGCUACCGGUACGAGCACAUUGAGUUUCUUACCGUGAAGAAUUUAUUUUAGUUUUGAAUGAACUACAGUGGUUACUUUGGAGACACCUAACUCCUAAGUCCUUGAGGCUUGACAUCGAGUGGCAUCAUUACGUCCACCAUCGAGAUCAACUGGCUCCUGCCGGCCUUGAGUCCUGACAAAAGAAAGACAGACGGUCACCGUGCAAGUAAUAGUUGAAGUGGCGGCCAAGCCGGAUGGCCCACUCCGGACAGAGGUGAUGAUCUGCUUAGUAUGUAAAUCAUUGACUUCCCAACCAGGUCAUCUCGCUUGCAAGCUCUCUUCUUCCGGUAGCCCGAUUGCAUCAAUCCGGGACAGGAGCGGUUGAGGAAGGAGUCCCAGCCGUCGCGAUUAGCAGGUUUGCAGCGCUGGAUGCUGCUUCCGUGAACGCAUCGAGUAGUGCAGCUGGCUUGUUCUGCUGGACUUUCUCACCAUGGACGAUCUCGCGGGUCGGGAAGAGUUCUCGUCCGAAGCAGCUGCCAAUGCCAACCUAAAGGUUCAGCUUCAAAUUUUGUCUCGGCAGCGUGACCAAGCCAGAGAGGAUGCUCGAUUGUGGCAGGACAGAGCAUCAGUAGCCAUGGAAGACGCGCACAGCACCCAGGAGGUACUGACCAAGCAGCUGGACGAGGCGCUGAAGCAUGUUGCCAACGUGCAGAAGCGUAACUCCAUCUUGCAGGCAGAGCGUGAUGAGCUGAAAGUGGUGCUGAUGCAGAAGGAUCAAGAGUUUCAGGACCGUGCCAACUCUCUGGCAGGUGUCGUUGAUCAGCUGAAAGGCGAUUUAGCUGAUGCAAACCGCAAGCUUCAGUCAAGCUCGCGUGCAUCCGAUGAGCAUAGCUAUGGGCGGAAUACUCACACAAGUUCAUCGUCCAUGACCUCAUCCAUGACCUCAUUUCAAGACGAUCUGGAUCGCGGGGAGCGCUUACGCGACACGGAGAGAUCUCUCCGGCAAGUAAAGGCUCGGCUUCUUCAGGUUGAGGGAGAGAGGGACGAGGCACAUCGCGAACUUGACCAAUUGUUAUCGUCAUUCUCUGUUCGCCGUGGACAGCUCCAGGAGCGCCUGGAACAGGAACACCUCCAAGCACAGCAGCUUUGGAAAGAGAAUGAGGAGCUAGUCGCACAGCUCAAUGCUGCCAGGGAGGAGAUGAAUGCAAGAG